UUUAUCUUCUGGCACAUGGGAGGUUUCAAGAGACGCCUGGAUCACCGAGAUAUCAUGAGUUCUAACCCAAGAACAUCAACCAACGCGUGAAUUUGGAGCGAUCUGACUGUCUGAGGGGGGUAAAACCAUUCUGGAGAACCUGCUAAGAAAGAAAACAACACAAUGUGGAAUCAGGAGGAGUUCGAGAAGCACUGGAGGAACGAAUUUCAACACGGAGAUGUUCCUCAGAUGGACUUCAGCUCCUUGGAGGAUAUAGAGCAGGAGCUGGAGCAAUGCAAAGUCAGGAUGAAGGCUCUGCAGCACGAUCUGGCCAUGGAGAAGUUCAAGGUGAUCUACCUGCAGACCAGCAUCGCGCAGAAAAAGAAGACCUACGACGGAGAGAGGUGGCUGACCAAGGAGCAGGACAAGGUGCACCCGGAGCUCCCCAGUACCAAGAUCGAGCAACCUGACCAACCCGAUCGGAUUGAGUCGAACCCAGUCAAGGCUCAACACAGUGAACCUGGUGGUGGAAUAGCUCGGGGGAGUAAAACUGGUAAACCUAUCCUGGUGCCUCCUCGCAAGAAGAAUUCUGUUCUGAAGGAGCAGGAGAAGGAGCAGGAGGAGAAGAGACCAGUCCACAGACAGAGACUGGACUCUGCGGAUCGGGACAGUGAUCGGGAAUAUGAGGACCGGGAGCUGAACGAGAACUUCGUACGCAGGAACCUGAUCGACCCAAAACCGAAAAUUAACUCGUCUCUUAGACCGUUUCGAUUCAGUAGGGAUUUCGAAUCGGACGAUGGGAGGUUAUCUCCAUCGGUGGCGCUGAGAGGAAGUUUGGGUUCGGGUCGCAGCACUCCGGAGCGCCGCAGUGACGGGUACCUGAGCUCCGAGCAUGAGGACUCGUCCUCCGCAGACUUCAACUAUAACACUGACGGCUAUGAGGGGGAUGGAGCGGAAGACAGGAAGUCUCAGGACGGCUCGGAGACCAUGCCCUUCAUCGACGAGUCUCCCACCAUGUCCCCUCAGCUGUGCGUUCGUCCCGAUGGAGACGCCGUGUCCCCUACACCACCCGACAACCUGCUGAGCGGGGGAGACAUGGAAAAGGGUCUGGAGAUGAAGAAGCUGGUACUUUCUGGAUUUCUGGCCAGUGAAGAGAUCUACAUUAACCAGCUGGAGGCUUUGUUGUUGCCCAUGCGCCCAUUGAAGGCCACGGCCACCACGUCCAAGCCGGUGCUGACCGUGGAGCAGAUCGACAACAUCUUUUUCAAGCUCCAGGACAUCUACGAGAUCCAUAAGGAGUUCUACGACGCUCUGUUCCCACAUAUUCAACAGUGGGAUGACAAGGUCACGGUCGGACACCUCUUCCAGAAGCUGGCCAGCCAGCUGGGCGUAUACAAAGCCUUCGUGGACAACUACAAGAUGGCGAUGGAGACGGUGGAAAAGUGCAGCCAGUCCAACUCCCAGUUCCAGAAGAUCUCCGAGAACCUCAUAGUCAAAGGACCCAAAGACUCCAAAGAAAGCAGAACCACCACUGUCACCAUGGAGGCUCUCCUGUACAAACCCAUCGACCGUGUGACUCGCAGCACCCUCGUCCUUCACGAUCUCCUCAAGCACACCCCUAAAGAGCAUCCGGAUUUCGCCCUGCUUCAGGACGCGCUCCGAAUCUCCCAUAAUUUCCUGUCCAGCAUCAAUGAGGAGAUUGACCCGCGCAGGACCGCCGUCACCACGCCCAAGGGGGAGGUUCGUCAGCUGGUGAAGGACGGCUUCCUAGUAGAGGUAUCAGAAGGCACAAGGAAACUUCGGCAUGUCUUCCUCUUCACUGACCUUCUGCUCUGUGCCAAAAUAAAGAAGACGGCAGUAGGGAGGAACCAGCAGUACGAAUGCAAGUGGCACAUCCCGUUGGCCGACCUCACCUUCCAGGCGCUGGACGACUCCGACUCCUGCACGCACGUCCAGACUCUUCCUGAGCACGAGAUAGAAGAGAUGAAGAUCAAGAUCUCGGUCAUUAAGAACGAGAUUCAGAAGGAGAAGAAAUCGCAGAAGGGCCAGAGCCGGAACGUGGAGCGCCUGAGGAAGAAGAUGAACGAGCAAGAAUCCUAUCUGCUGCUGCAUUCUCCCACAAUCCCCUUCCGCAUACACAACAAAAACGCCAAGAGCUACUUGUUCCUGCUGUCUUCAGAUUAUGAGAGGUCAGAAUGGAGGGAGAGCAUUCAGAAGCUCCAGAAGAAAGACCUUCAGACCUGCGUGCUGAACUCACUAGAGCUGCAGGUCCUCGCCAGCUCCUGCUUCAAACUCCGAACCGUCCAUAACAUCCCGGUCACCAGUUAUAAAGACGACGAGGAGGCUCCGGGCCUGUACGGUUUCCUGCACGUCAUUGUCCAUUCUGCCACCGGUUUCAAGAAUUCAGCCAAUCUCUACUGCACCCUGGAGGUCGACUCGUACGGCUACUUCGUCAGCAAAGCCAAGACUCGCGUAUUCCGGGACACCACCGAACCACACUGGAACGAGGAGUUUGAGAUUGAGCUGGAGGGAUCGCAGUGCCUGAGGAUCCUGUGUUACGAGAAAUGCUACGACAAAUCCAAGCUUAACAAGGAUGACAACGAGAUCGUAGACAAGAUCAUGGGCAAGGGGCAAGUGCAGCUGGACCCACAGACCGUACAGUCCAAGAACUGGCACGUGGACGUGAUCGAGAUGAACGGGAUUAAAGUGGAGUUCUCGAUGAAGUUCACGAGUCGGGACCUGAGCUUGAAGAGGACACCUUCGAAGAAGCAAAGCGGGGUGUUUGGCGUCAAAAUCAACGUAGUGACCAAGCGCGAGCGCUCCAAGGUGCCUUAUAUCGUACGUCAGUGUAUCGAGGAGGUGGAGAAGAGAGGGAUCGACGAGGUGGGAAUCUACCGCAUCUCCGGUGUAGCCACUGACAUUCAGGCGCUCAAGGCAGCGUUUGAUACCAAUACGAAAGACAUUCUGGUGAUGCUGAGCGAUAUGGACAUCAACGCCAUUGCCGGCACGCUGAAGCUCUACUUCAGAGAACUGCCCGAGCCCCUCCUGACUGACCGCCUCUACCCCGCCUUCAUGGAGGGCAUCGCGCUGUCUGACCCCGCAGCCAAGGAGAACUGCAUGAUGCACCUGCUGCGCUCCUUACCUGACCCUAACCUCAUCACCUUCCUCACCUUGCUUGAGCACCUAAAGAGGGUGGCGGAAAAAGAGCCGGUGAAUAAAAUGUCGCUGCACAACCUGGCCACCGUCUUCGGCCCCACGCUGCUCAGACCGUCCGAAACCGAAAUCAACAAACCCCACAUCACGCUCGCCUCCGAUAUCUGGUCCCACGACGUCAUGGCUCAGGUGCAGGUCUUACUGUACUACCUACAGCACCCUCCCAUCUCCUUUGCCGAACUAAAGAGGAACACACUCUAUUUCUCAACGGACGUUUAACCCCGAGAGACACUCCCACCGUUCAUUCUAAACACCAUUUACUCGCUGUACAGGAUUUUCCCAUCAUGCCGCAGGAAACACGGAGCACGGAGCACAGACGUCACGCUGGAAAGAGAGCCGAGCUCCUGGAGGAUGUUUCCUGUCCAGGACACGUGCUAGUUCGGCGACGUUUGCACUUGACGUUCCCUGUGAUUCAUCCCAUCUGCAUUUUUAAAACUACGUCUACUACUACCAGCUCUUCUGAUUUUGCUUUUUGCACAUCUCUACAGAGCUGUGUGUGUGUGUGUGUGUGUGUGAGUGUGUGUGUAUCGAGGCUUUGAUAGGAGCUCGGAUAAAUAGAGCGCAGACGUUUCCUGACCAUUCCAGGGUCGAAAUCCUUCUCCUUAUUUAUUAUAAAUAUAUUCUUGGUGUGUGUCUGUACAGUCCGUUUCAUUUUUGUCAACAUUUUUAGCUUCGAUUUGUUUAUUAAACUGUAAAAAUGACAAACGCAAACUGAACGUCGUCCAAUCGUCCUUGAUGAUUUUUUGAAAUGCCGUCAUUCGAUUCUCUUUUGUACCGAAAUAAAUCGUGGGAUUAAAUCUACUGAUGUUCUGAUGUGCUUCGAUGGGAGUGUUUGCUCUGGCUUGAGCCGGUGUGAUCCGGACGGUGUGUGUACGGCCUCACGUUGCAUGCACUCUGCUUGUUGAUCAAAAUGCAAAGGUGAAUUUAAUCCAGGCUUCUGUUCCCCCCCCUUUUUUUUUUUU